AACCCUAACAGGGGCACCUUGUUCUGUGAUAUUAGUAGAGAGAUCGGUUCAAGAAUCGUCGUCGGAGUAAAAAUGAAACGUGAUCUUGUCCUCGCACACAAUUUUAUCCAAAGCAACAAGAAGAGCACACGUCGAAAAGCUGAUGAUACCGGUGCCUCUAAUUCCUCUGCUGCUUCAGCGGGCAGCGGUGACUACGAUGUGUUCUUGAGCUUUAGCGGCAAGGAUACUCGCAAAACCUUCGUGGAUCACCUCUACCAUGGCCUCGUCGAUGCUGGAAUCCGCGUGUUUAAAGACGACAACGAGCUUCGCGAAGGUGAGGAGAUCGGCACCAACCUUCUCCAGGCCAUUAAGAAUAGUAAGAUCUCCAUCCCAAUUCUCUCUCCAAACUACGCUUCGAGCAAAUGGUGCCUUCGAGAGCUCGUUGAGAUGAUAGAGUGCAUGAAGAGUAUCGGGCAAGUUGUCUUGCCCAUAUUUUACCGGGUUGAACCGGCUCAUGUGCGAUACCAAGUAGAAAGCUUUGGAAAGACGUUCUCCCAUUUAAGUCAGAAGUAUUCUGGGGAAGAUGUUGCGAAAUGGAAACAAGCGCUCCAAGAAGUGGCUGCCCUAAAGGGAUGGGAAUCGGAGAGAACUGCUAACGGCCACGAAGGAAAAUUGGUGAAAAAGGUUGUCAGAAAAGUUUUGAGUGAGUUAAGGAAGGCCUUUCAGCUGGUUGUUCCCGAACAACUUGUCGGAACCAAAAAUGCUGUGAAGGAUAUCUUGAGAUUGCUGGAUGAUAACUCUAGUGCCACUCAAAUUGUCGGUAUUUAUGGAAUGGGGGGCAUCGGUAAGACAACUUUAGCCAAGGUUGUCUACAAUAAGCUCUCCGACCAAUUUGAGUAUCGUAGUUUCAUUGCAGAUAUUCGAGAAUCAUCACAGCGCAAUGGCAUUUUAUGUUUGCGAACCCGGUUAAUAUUUGAUAUACUGAAUGAGAACGGUCGAGUGUCUAAUACAGAUGAAGCAAUCGGGAUCAUGGAAUCUAGAUUGAAAUGUAAGAAAGUCCUAAUUCUUCUAGAUGAUGUUGAUGACAACCAACGGAUCAAAGCUUUGGUUGGGAAAUAUGACAGGUUUAAGAUGGGAAGUAGGAUAAUAAUUACCACAAGAACAAGAUCUGUUCUUCGUGAUGCUGGGGUGAACUGCAAGUACGAACUCAAGGAAAUUGCCGAGGAUAAGUCCUUGAUCUUGUUUAGUAGACAUGCCUUUAUGAUGGACUCUCCUCCUUGUGAAUUUGAAUUUCUCUCUCGUGUUGUCGUGUCCACUACCGGAGGACUUCCCUUAGCUCUCGAAGUUAUAGGUUCAUUUUUGUAUGAGCGGAACCAAGAAUUUUGGCAAGACGCCUUAAAGAAGUUAGAGGAUGUACCACAUGAGAAAGUGCAAGAGAAGCCGAGGAUAAGUUAUGACGCAUUAAGCUAUGAGGAAAAGCAGAUAUUUUUGGAUAUUGCUUGUUUCUUCGUUGGAACUAACUCAAGAUACGCAUCCUACAUGUGGGAUGCAAGUAAUUUCUUUCCGAGGAUGGGGAUUGAAACUCUGAGUCAUAUGUCGCUAAUAAAAAUUGGAGACGAUGGAGAGUUGAGAAUGCAUGACCAAUUGAAAGACCUCGGUAGGGAAAUUGUUCGCCAAGAAGAUUAUGUUGUGCCUAUGAAUCGAAGUAGGUUGUGUGUCCAUGAGGAAGCCUUGGGAGUACUUCAGAGAAAUAAGGGAAUUCAAAAAGUUGGCGUUCAGGCUCUUUGUCUUGACGAAGACAGCUCGCAGAGUGAAUUCACAACUGAGCAGCUGGAGACGCUACCGAACUUAAGGUUCCUUGCAGUAAAAGGUGCCAAACUGAUUGGAGAUUCCAGAAACUUGCUUCCUAACUUACGAUGGCUUGCGUGGAUAGGAUGUCCUGCACUCGUGCCUACUAGUUUUCAUCUAGAGAAAUUAGUCAUACUUGAUUUAUCAAGAAGUGACAUUUCAGAGCUUUGGGAAGGUUGGAGUCAUCUUCAGGUCGCGAAGCAGUUGAAAGUUCUAGAUCUUGCAUAUUGCUGUUGUUUAAAAGUUGUUCCUGAUCUCUCAGCCUUUCAAAAUUUAGAGAUAUUAAUCCUCGAAGGAUGUGAUAGUCUGGAGCGAAUUCCCCCUUCUAUUGGAGAAGCCAAGGGCCUCGUUUUUUUGAGCUUGCACGCAUGUGGGAAACUCCAAGAGCUACCCCAAGAAAUGGGCAAGUUGGAAGAACUGAAGGGACUCUACAUAGGCAAAACUGCUAUAGAGGAAAUUCCUCCAUGUAUAGGUUCUUUGAAGAAAAUGGAGUGGCUUAAUGCUGAAGGUUGCGAAUCAUUGGUUGCACUUCCUGACUCAAUUAGCGAUCUGGUAAAUUUGUCGAUCCUUGAAGUGAGUAACUGCUCGAAAUUAUGUAGACUUCCGGAGAGCAUCGGAUCCCUAGUGAAAUUGCAGAGCUUUUUAGUUGGCAAAAAGUGGACUGCCAACGAUAUCCAAUCUGAUUAUUCUCUUUGUCAUAUCCCCAACUCAAUUGGAAAAUUGGAAUGGUUGACUGAAUUGAACUUGUCAUUUUCAGGCAUUUUGGAAUUACCUGAAUCUAUUGGAGAUUUGAAAAAGUUGAAAAUUUUAGAUAUUACUCAUAAUGGGAAAUUGAGAAGUUUACCUAGUACUAUUAGCAAGUUGGGCAGCCUUGAAAUAUUAGAUGCCUCAAGAUGCACGAGUCUGGGAGGGGAAAUUCAUAUAGAUGGGUUGUCUUCACUGAAGAUCCUUCGAUUAAGGUGCACGCUCGUUUCCGGAUUCCCCAACGCAUUCAAUAAGCUUUCUUGUCUUGAGAAACUUGAUUUAUUUGGCUGCAAGAUGCUUCAAUCGCUGCCACAAAGCAUCGGUAAGCUGCCUUCUCUACGACGCCUUGAUUUAAAAUGUUGUAACAGUCUUCGGUCGUUACCAAAGCUUCCUAGAAGUUUAACAGUUUUGGAAGUCACCUGUCAGCAUCGCACAUUGCCUCGACUUUCUCAUCUAAUCCACCUUAAAGAGCUCACUAUUUUGGACUGCCGAUUGCUGGAAUCCAUGCCAGAGCUUCCCUCAGGACUGUUGAAACUGCAUGUCCGCCAUUGUGAGGAGUUGAAAGAGUUACCGAGUCUGUCAAGUUUGAAAUUCUUGUCAGAGCUAGAACUCUAUUCAUGCAUAAAGCUGACAGAAAUCAAGGGUCUGGAACCGUUAAAAUCCUUAGCAAAACUAACGGUAUCUGAAUGCCAGAAGUUUCCCAACAUUGACGGCCUUGAACAUCUAGAGUCUUUGAGACUCUUGCGGAUGGAUACGUCCUCAAGAUUGAAUGAUGAUCGAGUUGAAGUUCGAGGCCUUGAAAAAUUAAAAAACUUGGAAGAGCUGAAGGUACGUGGAUGUCAGUCCCUUGUGAGACCGGACCUUCUGCAAUUAACACAUCUGAAGGAAUUAAACUUUUCCAACUGCCGCAAUCUAGUCGAAAUUAAAGGCAUUGAGAGAUUGAAAGACUUGGAAGUGUUAGAUAUCACCGGGUGCAGUUCCCUUGAAACAUUACCAGACCUCUCGUGCUUCGGUAACCUGAGACAAUUGUGCAUCAGACGGUGCCCGAAGCUUGGUGAUGUUCAGGGACUGGAGAAAGUUGCAGUGUUGUUCAAAUGA